AUGGGCGAUGUUCCAGAUGAGAAGGAAUUGUACAAGCUCGUCAACUCGCCGGACUCCCUAUCAUCCUUGCAUAUGCAGCUCGAAAACUACUACCCCAGGCCAGUUUGUGAUGCUUUGUUUCCGCUUUAUGAUGUGCCUAAGCCUGGAUCCAAGGAUGAUAAGCCGGGAACGUACGCCGAGCUUUACGCUCCAAUUGUUGCCGAUGCUCAAGUACCUGCGUCACACAGAGGGUUCGCCCACUUGCUCCUCAAUCCACCGAAAGUCGAUGGCACCAAGACUAUGCCGCCCGGGAGAGUACAUCGCUAUCGUAUUCCUUGGCGGGCAAAGGGGCUGGAUGCUUGGUUGAGAAAAGAAGUUGGGGUUUGCUAUUCUGCUGACAUGCAGAACUGGAUGCUUCGGGUUGGCGUCAGGAUUUUAGUGAGUCAGAUAAGGAGAAAGCGAAAACGUUCCUUGAACCUUUUGGAAAACUUUUGCAUGGUGAAGAGGUUAAUUGGGGCAACGUCGAGGACGAAGACCGUAUUUUGUGGCUUGAUCAGGAAGGAAACAUUCAUUGGAACUUCGAAGAUCCUUUAUGGAAAAGGGGGAUGGGAGGUGUGGAAUGCUAUGAUGACUGCUCAGAAACAACACUUGGAAGCUAGCUAA